UGACAGGAGAGUGAUGUGUGAUAGGCUGUCCGGGAGCGGUAUCGCGCAUGCGCAGUGCUGUAUUUAGUGAUGCAGGUGAAUUUCUCCAAACUUGAGUGCAGAGCCUGCUCUCUCUCUCUCUCUCUCUCUCUCUCUCACACACACACACAGACAGACAGAGAGUGAGAGAGAGUUAUGUGGAGGAGCGGGAUGAUUGUGUGUGCGGUGUGUGUGUGUUGGGGGAUGUGUGUGGAGGUGUGUGAGGGUGGAGGUUUGGUGGAUGCGGUCAGUGAGCGGCGCGCGGAGGUGAGUCACCGGAGGGACAGCGCCAACCUGCUGACCGCCACCGGGCUGCUGAGUCUCACCAUCCUCACUGUGUGGAGCUUCAAACACAGGAGACUCAUCUUCCUGCAUGAGACCGGACUCGCCAUGAUCUACGGGUUGUUAGUGGGCGUGGUUCUGCGCUAUGGUGUACACACUGAGCAGGACGUCAGUAACGUUACAGGUGUGUUUGUGUUGGAGUCGAGUCCCGUUUCUCUCGUGGUGAAUGUGAGUGGACUCUUUUAUGAGUACACACUGCGGGGAGAAGUUAAUGAAGGAGACCACGCCCCCAACACUGAGAUACUCCGCAAGGCCACUUUUGACCCAGAGGUGUUUUUUAACAUCUUACUCCCGCCCAUCAUUUUUCACGCUGGUUACAGUCUCAAACUGAAACACUUCUUCAGAAAUCUGGGCUCUAUCUUGUCCUACGCUUUUGUCGGUACUCUGAUUUCUUCAUUUGUCACUGGCUUGGUGAUGUUUGGUUGUGUGUUGUUGAUGAGUAAACUCGGUCAGCUCGAUGGUGAUUUCUUCUUCACUGACUGUCUGUUCUUCGGCGCAAUCGUCUCAGCCACUGACCCCGUGACAGUUCUGGCCAUCUUUAACGAGCUGAAGGUGGAUGUGGAUCUGUACGCUUUGCUGUUUGGAGAGAGUGUGCUGAAUGAUGCUGUGGCCAUCGUACUCUCAUCCUCCAUCGUAGCGUAUCAGCCAUCUGGAGAGAACAGUCACUCAUUUGACGGCGGGGCCAUGCUGGCGUCUCUCGGUGUGUUCCUCGGUGUGUUUAGCGGCUCCUUCGUGCUCGGCUCUGCUGCAGGAGUCCUGACGGCUCUGCUGACAAAAUUCACACGGCUGAGGGAUUUCCCAUUGUUAGAGACAGCUCUGUUCUUCCUCAUGUCCUGGAGCACCUUUCUAUUGGCUGAGGCCUGUAGCAUCACUGGUGUGGUUGCUGUGUUGUUCUGUGGUAUCACACAAGCUCACUACACCUACAACAACCUGUCUACAGAGUCCAAAAAACGCACAAAGGAGUUGUUCGAGUUGUUGAACUUCCUGGCUGAGAAUUUUAUUUUCUCUUACAUGGGUGUGACUCUGUUCUCCUUCCAGCAUCACGUCUUCAACAUCGUCUUUAUCACCGGCGCUUUUUUGGCGAUAUUUCUGGGCAGAGUUGUGAAUAUUUAUCCUCUCUCCUUCCUGCUCAACCUGGGCCGAGCGAACCCCAUCAGCUCCCGCUUCCAGCACAUCAUGAUGUUCGCAGGGCUGCGAGGGGCCAUGACCUUUGCCCUUUCGAUUCGGGACACAAGCACUUAUGCGAGGAAGAUGAUGUUCUCCACCACACUCAUGAUCGUCUUCCUCACGGUGUGGGUGUGUGGGGGCGGGACCACGCCCAUGCUCAGCUUAAUGAACAUCAGAGUUGGUGUUGAGGAAGAUCAGGAGAACUUGGAGGAGGAGUGUGUGAGUGGGCGUGACUCUGCGUGGCCUUUCAGACUGUGGUACAAAUUCGACCACGAUUAUCUGAAGCCUCUACUCACACACACUGAUCACCCGCACACACACUCCUGCUGCACUCCACUGACACACUGCUGCACCACUCAGCACUGUCAGCAGGAUGGCAAUGAUGAUGACUCAGAGCUGAUCCUGAAUAACAGAGACAGCCUACUGUACAGUGAACUUCGCGACCUCAGUGACCUCAGUGACCUCAGUAACUCCUCCAUCUCAUCCAAUCAGGACGCAACUCAGUUAUAUUUACACCACGAUGAUCCUGACGAGCCCUUAACCCCUUUGCUCCCUCCUUCUCCUCUCCCUCCUCUUCCUCCACGGUCCUCGCGCAGUCAAAGCCACUCCGAUACAGACUCUAGCAUUGAUUCGAGUGGGUCAGAUGUCACUGUACACUCAUACACAAGCCCUAAGUAG